AUGGCUACGCUUGCGAAGGUUGCAUGGGUGCACAUUUUGUCGCAGACCGCAGGUCAUCAGGAUGUCACUUUUACGCAAACAGUCAAUGGCCGGGGUCACUCGUUGAAGGAUGCGGAUCGCAUCCUGGGGCCAUGUCUGAAUUAUAUCCCGGUUCGCGUCCAGGUUCAAUCCUCCACCUUAAGGGUGCGAGAUCUACUCGAGAAGGCCCAGAAUCAGCAUACGCAAAGUCUCCGUUAUGAAUCGAUUGAGUGCUCGGAUUUGGGCCAGCACAGCACCUGUUAA